AUGCAAGAAACUAACGAUUAAUUGUUAAUUAUCAAAGUUGCAAAUUCUAAGCCAAUCUAAAUCAAAUAAUUUGACACUCCAUUAUAAAUAGCUCAUAGAUUUUGUAGUGAUAACAACAUAGAGUUAAGAAAUUGCAAGACAAUUAGUACUUAAAUAAUAAGAAUAUGUAAGAGUAAAUGGUUAUAACAGUUAGAGGUUAUAUUGAUGAAUUUUAGCAAUUGAAAUAAUUUUAGAAAUACUUUAAUAAUUAAGAACCAUUGAAAAAAAAGGUUUAAUAUUCAUUAGAGGAAAUAAUGAAUUAAGAGGAAAAAGAAAACUCAUUUUAUUCAUUUUAGCAGGAAAUCUAAAUGGAAGAGAAACAAUGGAAAUCGAUACCAUCGGUCGAAAUAUAUAAAAGUCCAAAGGAGGGGAUUGGCUACUUAAAUGCUAGUACUUAGAUAGACUCAAAAAAGUUAGAAGAUAUGAGUAGAAAACUAUAUUAAAAUAUAUUAUCUCCAACACCAGAUUAUGGUUAGAUGAUUAAUUCUAGUUAAACAACUAAAAACAUAUCAGCAUUAUAGAGAUAGUUAUAACUUAAUAAAUUAUAAGUGUCAUAGUCUAAAUAAAAGAGCCAAGAGAGAUUAAAAAGUAAAUCACCUAAUAAUUCAACUUAAAAGAGUCCAUUUUAAAAUAAGUGUGGAUUUUUUGAGAAUGGAAAUAAGACUUAAAGUAGUUUAGUGUUGUAAUAGAUUAAACAAUAGGCAUAAAGUACUAAGAAUUAAUAAAUGGGUCCAUUAAGAUAGUCUUGUAAUUAAAGAGUAGGAAGUAUAGGAAGAACAAGAUGUAAAACAGAAAUAUUAAAUGAAGACAAGCUACAAAGAAUUAGUAACAAAUUGUUCAAUUUAUUGGAUAAAGAUAAGGAUGGUUAUAUAUCACCAUCUUAGAUUGAUAUAAGUAAAAUAUCAGAUGACAUAUUAAAGUAAAAAUUGUUAAAAUUGUUAGUUAUUUAAUAGGGAUUCUAUUGGAAAUAGAUCACAAUAAGUUGAGAUUGAAUAGUGGAUAGUUUUAUAAAUUAUUUGAGUAGCAUUAUGAAAAAUUGGAUUCAUUACAGAAAUAAAGAUUUUUGAGUAUGGGCUGA